AUGAAGGUGAAUGAAGCAAAUUAAAACUUAUUGUGGUUCUUUCUUGUCUUUGGUUUCCUGAUGUAUUGGCUGAAAAUGGGAAGCCAGUCCUUUGUAAGUUUUUGGACAAGCAUCAGAGGUCACCCCAAAGGAAUUUACCAAAGCCUUGUUGGUUGUACUGCAGGGAUAAUGUCCUAGACACUUCACAUUCCCAGGAAUGCGAUGCAAGUCGUUCCCCUCUGCAUAUGUUCAAACGCUACUCGUCAAGCAGUACUGUGAGAAAAGACUGGCUGUGCUGUGUGGUUGCUGUUGUUUUAUAGCUGUACUUCAAUUUACUCUGCACCGUCGAAACCUUCAUGUAAGUACUUUUUUGUGCACUUUAAUCAAGUGAGAAUAUAUUCAUAAUGCUCACAUAAGAUUGUUCCAUGCUUCUGUGUUUUUUCGGUUCUUAACUAGCUCUGCAAACUUCAGCUCAGUUCAACAAUGCAAAUAUCAAAAUGUUCAACUUGUGAAUUGUGCUAUGACUAUAGGUAAUUUCAGCUAUUAUACUUUUUGGAAACAUUUAAACUGAAAUUCUUCAGAAUGCCACAAAAUUCAGCAAAAGCUUUGUGCUCCUGGUUUGACAGCUUACUACAUUCUUCCUACUCCAUUCAAAAUGUUAUCUUGAAAUAACUCGGCUUUUUCCGUAUCUCUUAUGGUUUCUCUAUAAUUGCGAUUUAAGCUUAAUGCAGAUUUUUGACCGUUUUUCGGGCUUCAUCACCUUUAGUGUCCAUGGAAGUGACUUCCAGACAAAUCUGCUGUUUUGAAAUCAUGAUUCUUACGUACUCGCCCGGUGCAGAUGGAGUUCUUCCGUCCUGCAGUUUUCCUGACCAUUUUAACUCUGAGCUCAACCAUCAAUGCAAGAAAAUGUCCCAAACCAUGCCGCUGUGAUGACACCAAACGUACAGUGACCUGCAUCGGCAAAAACUUAACGGAGAUUCCCCUGGGAGUAGAUGAGGUGACAGUCAAACUGGAUCUGAAGAGGAACAGCUUCCAGAUGUUACCCAGAGGUGCUUUUCUUCACACCCCAUACCUCACCCACCUCAGUCUGCAGCGGUGCAGCGUCGUCACGGUGAAGGAGGGCGCGUUUCGAGGUCUCGGUCGAGUGGUCUACCUGAACCUGGCCUACAACAAAAUUGACAUCCUUUACCAGGAAUCCUUUGACGGCCUCUCGGCCUUGAAGGAGCUGCACCUGGACCACAACCGUAUCGAGGAGAUCCGGCCUGGAGCCUUCACACAGCUCGGCUUUCUCAAAAUGCUGACUCUCGCCCACAACCACCUGGUUUACAUCCCCAACAUGACCUUCCAGGGCUUGCAGAACAUUAAGUGGCUUCGUCUUAGCUGCAACUCCCUGAACAACCUGGCAGCCGAAGCGUUUGCAGGGCUGUUCACGCUCAGUCGCCUUAGCCUGGAUCACAAUGAGCUGCAGUUCUUCCCCACACGGACAAUGACAAGGCUUCCUGAAGUCAAACGGCUGGAUUUGAGCUACAACCCCAUGACCUACCUGGAGGAAGAAUCCGUCUGGAUGGGGAAGCUGACACACCUCUACCUAGACCACUCGUCCCUUCAGGAUCUGUCGGACCAGGCGUUUUCCCAGGCCGGGCUCCUGUCCCACGUUGACCUUGGCCACAAUCAGCUUCGAUACCUGGAGCCGCUCUCAGGCCCAACGAAACUGCGAGUCCUCAACCUGACCGGCAACCCGAUCCGCUGCAACUGCCGCAUGAGGCGGCUGAAGGAAUGGGCGACCGCCGGAGGAGUGAAGCUGCCGGGAGCCUGUGCAGGACCGGCUCACCUCUCUGAUGAGCCGCUGCAGGCUGUGACCUCCAUGGAUCUGCGCUGCCGCGGCGGAGCCGAGGCUCUGGAGGAGGAAGAGGAAGAGGAGAGUAAUGGAAACAUCACAGCCACUGCCAAGCCCAAGCAGACAGCCAAGUGUCCACUUGACUGUGAAUGUGACACUGAAGCCCACCACGCCUCGUGUGAGAGCCGUGGUCUUAACAAAGUCCCUCGGGGCUUCCCACCCAGGACGCAGCUGCUCAUUCUCCGUGGCAACCACUUCCAUUUCAUCCCCGCCAGAAGCUUCCCGGGCACUGGUCGAGUUGUGUCUCUGUACCUGGACUUCUGCAAAAUCCACGAAAUCGAAGCUGGGGCCUUCCGUGGAAUGAGGAACCUGGUGUAUUUGUACCUGUCUGACAACGACCUCACGUCUUUGGAGCCCGAAGCUUUGGCCGGACUCCCAAAGCUCGUCUAUCUUCACCUGGAGGGGAACCGACUGGCACAAUUCCCCGGAGCAGCUCUGUCACUCGUACCAAAUUUGUCCGUCCUGCAUCUGGAGCGAAACGCCAUCUCAAGGCUGGAGCCUGCUGGUUUACUGUGCUCAGCUGCUCCGUCACUGAUGAAGCUCUAUUUAAGGAGCAACGCCAUCGGUGGAAUCGCCAAGGGCGCCCUGGACUCUGCUAACAUUGAAACGCUUCACCUGGAUUCAAACCGGCUGACCCGGGUGCCGUCCGACGCUCUGACUGACACGCCGAACCUGACGGAGCUGAACCUGUCUCGAAACCCGGUCCAGUGGCUCGGACCCGAGACCUUCCAGGAGAUGUCACACAGUCUUCAGAGGCUUUACAUGAAUCAGAUGGGGAUGGAAGAGAUGUCGAAAGAGGCUCUGCUGGGCCUGGGUCCACGUCUGAAAGUUCUGACCGUGAGAGGAAACCAGCUGAAGACGCUUCCGGACCUGAGCCCGCUCAGCGGCCUCGAGAUGAUCGACCUGCGGGACAACCCUGUGGUCUGUGACUGUGACCUGCUGCCCCUGCGAAGGUGGAUGGAGAGAGUGAAGUUGGACGUUUUAGCAACAUGUCGUCACCCUCUAGAGCUUAAAGGUCAGAAGGUGAUGGACACCAAAGGGUUCACAACCUGUCCAGAAAGCACAACUUCUCCGACUGAGACUGGAUCCUGUAGGACCCAUGGCUGCAAGACUAAAAUCCACCAGAGCGAAGAAGAAGGCCAGAAAAGCUCAGACCACCCAGUGAAACAUAAGUAGGUCAAAAAACAAGAAGAUGGACAAAGCAAGUGGAGGAAAUUGAGUUUGUGUUAGAUUUUUAGUCUAUUAGUGUAGAAUCAAGUCAAAGUAGUUACUUUAGUGUUUAAUGGAAACAUGUGCAAUAGAGGUCAAAAUCCACUAUGAAUACUUAUUUCCUGUUAUAGCUUUAUCUUGAGAAGACGUCUGGUUUAGGUUUUUUCUUUAUCAACAAAAUUUGUCAGAGGUGUGAAAAGUAACCAGUUACAUUCAGUGGUGCUACUGUAAUCAGGUGCAAUAUGUUUGUACACUGGACUUUUUUUGAAGUUGUGUAUAAAUCUCGAACUUUUACUUGUUUGUUUUUGAUUAAAGUAUUUUACUCAGCUACAUUUUAAGUCAUGUCCGUUAAAGAGUAAAAAUAAAUAUAAAAAGGCUGCAAUGAUUCUUCAACACCAUGACAAUGUGAGCACUCUGAAUAGUAUUUUUAAAUUACACCCAAUACCUCCCAAGUAUUCAUGACGUCCUGUGCUAACAUGGUUCAAUUUGAGCCAAAUCUUUUAUUUAUAAAGUUCAUAAUUUAAUCAAAAGCUGUUUCAUACUGAUAUGUCAUAUUUUUCCUAUGUGAAAUCCAUCUGUGUAACUUUCUUUUGCUGAUAAAAAAAAAGGUCACUUUUCUUAAAAUAAAAUUGCAUUGAGGAAUGUUUUGCUUUUAUUUGAGUAAAAGUUUACACUUGGUAACUUGUAUUUUAAGUAAUGUUCUGUACUCUUUCCACCUAUUUUUCACUUUGAACGCUGAGUCUGGUUCUCUUUCAACAAUGACCCCCUUCUUUUCCUCAAAUAUGGGGGCCUAAUGUUUACUAAUGCUUACUAAUGUUGAGUGCUUACUCUGUCUUGUGCCUCUUGUAAGGUUAUCCGUCAAACACACACACAAAGGAGAAUAAAAAGUUUUUUCA